AUGAACCUUAAACAAUGUUUUCUUUUCUUUACUUUGGAUUUCAGAUCAAAACCUUCUUUUGAAGAUAGUAAUGACAAUGAUGUUGUUCUAAAGCCUGCGAUUGAUGUGGCUGAGCAAUUGCAUGUGCCUCAGUAUAAAGAAGUGACGCUUGAUGAUAAAGACUUGAGGUAUGGUGCUGAAAAGGAGCUUGGAGCAAAUGGCCACAACCUUGACUGGUGUGAUAGUGUUCAAGAGGAUGAGCUGAGCAUUGUUUUAUCUAUGGCACUUGAUUGUUUGGUUGUCAUCACAUUUGUUGGAGCAUCUGAUCUGGCUGAAACAGAGUUAUCUUUGAAAGCCAUGUGGGAUCUAAUGUUGUCAAAUCGAACCUGCAAGUGUGGGCACUGCAAGAAACUUGCUCUAGAGUAUGAGAAUGUGGCCAAGGCACUUAGCAAGCAUGACCCACCGAUUGUUCUCGCUAAGGUUGAUGCUAACGAGGAGAAGAACAUGCCACUUGCUACCAAGUACGAGGUCCAAGGGUUCCCAACCAUCAAGAUCUUCAGGGACCAGGGGAAGAACAUUCAGGAAUAUAAUGGCCCUAGGGAGGCUGAUGGCAUUGUGGAUUACUUGAAGAAGCAGGUUGGCCCUGCGUCCAAGGAGAUCAAGUCACCGGAAGAUGCGGCGGCCCUUAUCGAUGACAAGAAGAUCUACAUUGUUGGUAUCUUCGCUGAAUUCAGCGGCACCGAAUUUACAAACUUCAUGGAGGUCGCAGAGAAGCUGAGGUCUGACUACGACUUGCUUGGUUCCUACUCCUACCUUAUAAAUAUUUGGCAAUGGGCAUUGCUCAGUAUACUUUGA